AUGCGCAGCUGCACCUCCCCAUCACGCAUCAACCUCACCAACCCAUCCUCACCGCUUUCAGCCCAUCGCAACCGUGUGAAUGUCAUGUUCUGGGACGUGAAAACCCUUCCUCUGGACGGCCCUCUGCCUGCCCCUGACCGCUCUAACCUCUUCCUCCUCUCCGGCUUUGAUGCCAACUCCACCACCACCUCCUCUAUUCUCGACCUCUUCCACCUGGCAGCGUUGGCGGUGAGUGCAGUGGAAGGGUCUGGGUGGGUGGGAAUGAUAGAGGCAUGGAGAGGGGCGGAGGAAGAGGAGGUGGAGAAGGAGGGUGGAGAGGGAGGGAAGGAAGUUCGGAGGAGAGAGCGGGAGAUACAGAAGGAAGAGGAGGAAGGUGUUGGAAGGUCAGGAAAGCUUCCCAGAAGGAGAGGAAGGGCGACGGAGGAGGAGGAGGAGACCAAGAAUGAAAGGGGGGCAUGUGCAGUGAUGUAG